UGAACCUAAUUAUAAUAUGGUUUUUGUGUUUCUGAAGUUGGAAAUACAGUGGACAACUAGUGAAAUACUUGACUUAGGACUUAUGUUAUAAUUUAGGUUCUGAAGAAGGGAGUCAGGUUCGCCUGUUCUGAAGCGUAGAAGGUGCUCUUCUCAGGCAGUGUCACUGAAGUCUUUACUGCACCGUCCGUAGCACUGGACUCUCGGUGCCAGGAAGCGGAAGGUCUCUGUCACUGUGUGACGACGCCUUUACGUCUCUUUGCAGGUGGAGGAAGACGGGUGCCCCUUCGGCUUGAGGACAGACUCGCGUAGUCGUCAGUCAUUUAAGCUGAGUGCAUUGUGAUUUCCAAUAAUUGAGGCAGUGGUUCUAAAAGCUGUCUACAUUAAUGAAAAGAGCAAUGUGGCCAGCUUGACUAAGCCGCCAGCGUAUGCAGCGCGGGCAGGACGCACCCGGGUCUCGACGGACUUGUGCAUGUUAGCUGUCUAGAGUUAUGUCAGGUUUUUAAAAACUCUGGUCUUUUAAAGUAGUCCUAACCACUUUACUAUGGAGACAUGUGAGAGCCCCUCUCCUCUCCCGCGCGAGCCCGCAGGAGGAGUGGCGAUGGAGGACCGAGCUUGCCCCCUCCGCUCGCUGCCCCGUGGACAGUCUCCACCACCUCCCCUGCAAACGUCCAGUGAUGCAGAGGUAAUGGACGUUGGCUCUGGUGGUGAUGGACAGGCCGAACCCCCUGCUGAGGACCCGCUCAACUUCUACGGAGCUUCUCUUCUCUCCAAAGGAUCCUCCUCUAAGGCCCGCCUCCUCGUAGACCCGAACUGUAGUGGCCACAGCCCGCGCACUGCGCGGCAUGCACCUGCGGUCCGGAAGUUCUCCCCUGACCUUAAGUUGCUUAAGGAUGUAAAGAUUAGCGUGAGCUUUACGGAGAGCUGCAGGAGUGAGGACAGGAAGGUGCUGUACACGGGAGCGGAGCGCGACGUGCGGGCAGAGUGUGGCCUGGCCCUCAGCCCUGUCAGUGGGGACGUGCAUGCUGGUCCCUGUGGCGGGGGCGCGGGGAACGGGGUAGGCGCCGGGGGUGAGAGUGCGGGUAGGAGGGACGAGGAGCAUGAGCUGGAUCAGGAAAGGAGAGUGGAGUACGCAGUGCUCGAUGAGUUAGAAGACUUUACUGACAAUUUGGAGCUAGAGGAAGAAGGCGCAGGCGGGUUCACGGCUAAAGCGAUCGCGCAGAGAGACAGAGUGGACGAAGAGGCCUUGAAUUUCUCCUACGAGGAUGAUUUUGACAAUGAUGUUGAUGCUCUUCUGGAAGAGGGCCUCUGUGCUCCCAAAAAGAGGCGAAUGGAAGAGAAAUACGGAGGAGACAGCGACCACCCAUCGGACGGGGAGACAAGCGUUCAGCCAAUGAUGACCAAGAUUAAAACCGUGCUCAAAAGUAAGUCGGGCCAGGAAGUCGUGUGGGUGCUCAGCCUCAUGCUACGCUGGGAGAGCCCUCAGGCUGCCGGGCGGCAGUCUGGGCGGCCGUGUGCAUCUGCAGGCAGGAGGGUCCUGUCGGUGAUGGGAAGCUUGGAAUGUGAGGACAUACCCUACGCACUGCCGUGGUAUGGGAAGGGGGCUUCCGGGCGUGUGGAGGCUGCAGACAGAGGCAGUGCUGAGUGUGGGGGCUGCUCCAGCCAGGCCUGUCCGUGGNUUGAGGAGUUUCGGAAUUACCUGGAGAAGCGCUUUGACUUUGAGCAAGUGACCGUGAAGAAGUUCAGGACGUGGGCUGAGCGUCGGCAGUUCAACCGAGAAAUGAAGCGAAAACAGGCCGAGUCAGAGAGGCCCAUCCUGCCCGCCAACCAGAAGCUCAUCACACUGUCUGUGCAGGACGCGCCCACAAAGAAAGAGUUUGUCAUCAACCCCAACGGGAAGUCUGAGGUGUGCAUCCUGCACGAGUACAUGCAGCGCGUGCUCAAGGUCCGCCCCGUGUACAGCUUCUUCGAGUGCGAGAACCCAAGCGAGCCUUUUGGUGCCUCAGUGACCAUUGACGGUGUGACCUAUGGAUCUGGAACGGCGAGCAGCAAAAAACUGGCCAAGAACAAAGCUGCCCGCGCCACGCUGGAGAUCCUCAUCCCUGACUUCGUCAAGCAGACAUCGGAGGAGAAGCCCAGAGACAGCGAGGAGCUGGAGUAUUUCAACCACAUCAGUAUCGAGGACUCGAGGGUCUACGAGCUGACCAGCAAGGCCGGGCUGCUGUCGCCCUACCAAAUCCUCCAUGAGUGCCUUAAAAGAAACCACGGGAUGGGAGACACCUCCAUCAAGUUUGAAGUAGUUCCUGGUAAAAACCAGAAGAGCGAAUACGUCAUGGCGUGUGGCAAGCACACAGUGCGCGGCUGGUGCAAGAACAAGCGCGUUGGGAAGCAGUUGGCAUCUCAGAAGAUCCUGCAGCUGCUGCACCCGCACGUCAAGAACUGGGGGUCCUUGCUGCGCAUGUAUGGCCGUGAGAGCAGCAAGAUGGUCAAGCAGGAGACCUCGGACAAGAGUGUGAUCGAGCUGCAGCAGUUUGCCCGCAAGAACAAGCCCAACCUGCAUAUCCUGAGCAAGCUGCAGGAGGAGAUGCGGCGGCUGGCGGAGGAGCGGGAGGAGACACGCAAGAAGCCCAAGAUGUCCAUCGUGGCGUCUGCGCAGCCUGGCGGCGAGCCCCUCUGCACCGUGGAUGUGUGAGGGCAGCCAGCUCGGGGCUGCCAGUGCACUGGGGAUCUGCCUCUGGUUCCACGGCCCUGCUGCGUGCCUGACAGCAGGCCCACGCAGCUCCUCCUGGGGGCCACCUAAGGACCCGGUGGCCGUGUUCCGGCCUCCACCCACCUGCCACACAGGCGGACGUGGACAGCUGGGAGAUCGCCGUGGGGCUCUUCUCAUGUGGACAGACCCUGAAGCUUUUCAUGAAUUUUCUGUGUAAUGUGCACUGACCAGAAGUGAUAGUUGAUGACAUGAAAUGCGAAGGCCGUGCACCCUGGCUCCCACAGGCAUGUAGGGACCCAGCCAGAAGGUGCAGGCCGGUACCCCUCCCCUUCCAGCCUCCUGGGUUUUCCGUCUUUUCUCUGAAAAAGUUAACAGUAGGAAGGAGUAUUUCAGAGGUUGCAGGCAAACCACCAUGGUGAUCUUUCUUCACCUAGAGAGGUGUUGCCCGUGGGCGUGGGUGCUGCCCUGCCUGCUUGCCGGCCCAGCGUCUGUUCUUAGAGCCCUGAACACAUCUUCAUAGAUAGAGGCCCCUCACGUUUGCUGGCCUCUGCUAAUUUUUUACUAAAUUUUUGCACAGUCCAGUCUGUCCACCCAUCAAUUUUUAAAGCUUUUAUGAUAUUUUAGCGUUUGGAAAGAAGCUUUUACAGUGAGGGUAGAGAUAGGUGUGGAAUCACGUAGCAGAUGUGACCAGUUAAUGCAUUUUAGCUCGUGGACUUACUUAAAAAGGAGCUGAAGAUGCUCACUCUGGCGCAGGUGGCCCUCGAUUUUAUGUGCAGCUGUGCGGCGUGACCAGGCAGUCCGGUGGAUGGGGGUGGGUCUGUCCCACCCUUAGCUGCGGAGCCUUCAGAAUGCCCCCCUCCCACAUGACUGAGGUCGGGCCCCCCCGUGGACCUUUGUAAAACAAUCCACGAAUCAAGUCGCUGUAAUUAUACGCUUCUGUCCUGUUCUGUC